CAAAUAACAUAACACAAGAUCUAAAAGAGGGCAUCGUCAAUUUGCUUCAGCUAUUCUGCGGUAUCGGGCCCUUGAAUUGUUGCAUCCUGCGGUUGCGGAACAUUGGUCUUGUAUGGUGAAAGAUUAACUCGGCAAUCAAUCACUUGCUCGGUUGGUAUAUGUGGGUGAGCAUAGUUGCAAAGCAUUGCAGAUAUCAGUCAUCAAAAUGAAGGUGAUAUAUGCUGGUUACCUCAAAACUGGGACCAAAACUAUGACUGCGGCUUUACGAAUAUUGGGAUUCAGUGUAUACGAUUUUAUGGAAAACACUACAAUUUUGGGCAAAGACUGGGUAAAGAUUUUUAGAGAUGGGUGGACCACUGAAGAUUUUAAAAGAAUGUACGAAAACGUAGACGCGGUUUCUGACUUGCCACCGUCCUACUUCUGGGAAGAAAUUCACAAAGCUUUUCCGGAAGCAAAGAUCAUUUUGACCACCAGAGAUGAAGAGUCAUGGUAUAGAAGUUUUGUCAAGCAGAUGAGAUCAAAUGAAUCCAGCUGGGCCCUGAAAAUAUUAUCAAUUCUAUCACCGACUGGUCGUUUGUCAUUUAAGAUUCUCCUCGGUUCUAUAAUAGGUCUUCAGGCAUUGGGUAUCAAAGAUUCAUUGCUCUGGAAACCAUUUAAACGAUUUGCUCUCAAUGAACAACUCUUCAAAUUGAAAUUUAGAAUGCAUAACGCAUACGUACUCCAGAACGCACCUCCCGAAAAACUUCUGGUUUACAAUUAUAAUCAGGGAUGGGAACCUUUAUGCAAAUUUUUGGGCGUUCCGGUACCAGAUGUGCCGUUUCCUCAUAAGAAUAAAGGAGCUGAUAUUGUGGCCGAAUAUCUUGCCACUGAUCCGAUCAUGAACAAAAUCAAAAGAGAAGCGAUGUUGUCAAUGACCAUCAUUUCUAUACUUGGAUGCAUCGGGGGAUUCUUUCUGAUCAGAAAAUGGCCGAAAAUAUGUGGAGUCUCUUAAACUACGAUGCCGAAAAUUAGUGUUAUUUGUUGGAUAAAUCGCGACUAUAAUAACCUAUUAAACUACAAUCCACCUGUUUCUAACUAAAUAUUGUUUGUAUAAUAUACUGUAUGGGGGCGUUCAUUUCUAAAAGCAUCAUUAGAUG